AUGACAGAAGUGAAAGGAACUCCCAUCAUUAAAGGUUCACGAACAAUGCAAAUAACUGGCUUAUAUAAAGGAAGGGCAAUUAUUAUAAAAGACUCUUACAGUGUUAUAAAUAAGAAGCUUAAACUAUUUCCUGCUAUGUUUAACUUACAAACAGGACCGAAAGAAGUAUUUCCAUACAACUACUACAGCAGUGUUUUGUUAGCAAAUGACAACAGAACUGGUGUCAUUUCUGAAGCAUGUAAGUUUAUCCAGGAUGCAGAUACAUUUAUGAAAAACAUAGAUUCCAUCAAAGGUUGCAGAAUAGAUGAAAACCACUUCGACUUAGAAAAAUAUAGCACGUUUUACUGCAAACAAGAUGUAAGAAUUUUAAGAGAAGGUUUUGUUAAGUUCCGCAAUGACAUAUUAAAAGAAUUUGGUUUAAACGUUUAUGACUACGUUAGUAUUUGUUCAAUUGCUAACAAAUUAUUUGAGAACAGAGUAUACUUCCCGAAUGGAAAUCUUUAUGACCUCUCAAAUAAACCAAGAGAAUUUAUUUCACGCUGUAUUCAAGGUGGAAGAUGUAUGUUGUCAGAUAACAUGAAACAAAAGAGCGAAAAGAAACUCAUUGCUGACUUCGACGCUGUUUCAUUAUAUCCAUCCGCUAUAGCAAGACUUUAUACUUUAGAAGGAAUUCCAAAAGUAUUGAAGGAUGAGAUGUUAAGCACAGAGUAUCUCAUGAGACAUUUAUUCAAUGACGACCAAAAGGAACCCAUUGGUGAAAAGUUUAUGUCUGGCUUCUUUGUUCUCAUUAAGAUAACAGAGAUUGGAAUACAUAGACACUUUCCUUUAAUAGUUUGUGACCCUGAACUAAAUCCAGAACUUAACGUUCCCAGAAGUUCAAACACUUGCUGUUUAAUGUAUGUUGACCAUAUAACAUUACAAGACCUCAUAAAAUAUCAAGGUGUCAAAUGUGAAGU